UUGUAAUGUUUUACUUAAAUAUAAGUGUUUUGUUGUAGCCUCCUCCCCCUGUAGCCAUGGUAAUGGAGCCUGCACCCAGCUGUGUCUGCCCCGCCCCCAGUUCAAUGAGACAGGUGUGAAGGUGUCCAAACAGAACCGUACCUGUGCCUGUAACGGAACCUCCUUCAAGAUCCCCACCGCCUCCGGAUCCUCAGAACACUGCAACUGUGGAGUAAAGGACAUGAAGAUUAACGGAGUCUGUAUGCCCUCAAACAAAUCCCCAGUGUCUAACUGUUCACACUCGCACUUUACCUGUGGUAAUGGUCGAUGUAUCCCGUCUACCUGGCUCUGUGACCGUGACGAUGACUGCCAUGAUGGAUCAGACGAAUUCGACUGUCCUUACUUGGAGUGUACUGUAGGUAAUUUCCAAUGUAAAAAGGGAGGGAACUGUAUCCCUGAGCGCUGGCGGUGUGACCAUGACAACGACUGUGAGGACGGAAGCGAUGAAAUGAACUGUGCGUACCCGACCUGUAACAAGAGUACACAGUUUACGUGUGCCAAUAGUCGCUGUAUCCCCCUUAACUGGACGUGUGACCAUGACGAUGAUUGCCAUGACAACAGUGAUGAAAUAAACUGUAAAUACAAUGAGACCUGCAGUGAUGAACAGUUUCACUGUGCCAUGCAUCAGCCACGUUGUAUUCCCAGCUCAGAUGUGUGUAAUGGACAGAAUGACUGCGUGGAUGGCUCGGAUGAGGUCAACUGUACCCAAAGCCAGUGUCCGUACUACAAACACCAGUGUGCCGACAAGUCGCAGUGUAUCUACCGCAGCUGGGUGUGUGAUGGAGAGGCGGACUGCCGAGACGGCAGUGAUGAGAAAAACUGUACUUUUACAAACUCCACUACACCCUCUAUUACCACUGCCCCAGCCCCUACAACUACUACUUAUUUCUGUGAGCGACACUGUACAGACAGGCGUGGAUGUUACGAUUACAGUCAGAGGUGUGACGGAAUAGAGGACUGUCUGGAUGGAUCAGAUGAAAUAUUCUGCCCUCGAAUAUCAACUACUCCAUUUCCUACAACUAGUGCCCCUGGCUGUAGUGAGAACCAGUUUUACUGCUACAGAGGUCACUCUAUUUACCCCAUGUGUAUCCCCCAGACCUGGGUGUGUGACAAUGCUACUGACUGUGAGAACGGGGAGGAUGAAGAUGCCAGUGAAUGUAAAGCUAAAGAGCAUUGUCCUGUCACUGACUUUAAGUGUUUGUACAAUGCUGGCUGUGUGCCCCAGUCUAAGGUGUGUGAUGGCUUCUCUGACUGCCUGGAUAAAUCAGAUGAGAUGGGAUGUGACAUGACGUCUACUUCGACUUCAGCUCCAGAACUCUGUUCUCAGCUUAGAGAUGAGAAUUACGAGAAAUUCCGUCAGAACUACUACGUGUGUAACUCCCAGGGAGUGGAGACUUGUGGACUCUGGUUGAGAGUGUGUGAUUGGACAAACCCCUGUUAUCUCUACAACAACCUGAUUGUUACACUCUGUAGACAAAGAAUAAAUGUGACACACUUGGAGGCCAUUCCUGACACAGAGGGUAACAUUCUUGUCACCUGGCAACCGCCUGAAAAUCUAGCCAAUCAGAAGAUCCGAUAUAAAGUCUCUUACUUAGAAAAGGAGAAUGAGAAGACUUGGCAAAAUAUUACAGAAAACCUUAGCAGACAUAAUUACACCAUUAAAAAUGUGCGAUCUUUGACCCCAUAUGUGAUCACAGUGUAUGUCAUCACGCCUGACAACCGGACUCAUUUCCCUGUAGAGCCCAUUACUGUGACAACCUUGCAGGAAG